AUGUGGAUUGCAGGUCUAGACUCUCUCAUGCUUGACUUGUAUGCACGUGCAGGACUUGAACAAAACUGCUCUGAGAUCUUAUGUGCUCAAACACCUUCAUUUAAUAUUUCAGCUCCCUCUGUGAGUUCCAGUUGCUAUGGCGAUAUAAGAGCUGUACAAGUCCCCAUGGUCUCCUGUACACGAGAUCCUGCAAGAUCCUCUGAUUGUGGAUAUGCCAUGAUACAAAGGACUGCAGAGCCAGACCUCGUACGCCUGAGGAGAUACGAGAUCCCAAUUAAGAGAGUAGCCAGAAAUCUGUGCUUGGACCCAGCGCUCAUCGGUGCCAUCAUGUCCCAGGACAGCCGUGUCGGCCUGCUCCUGGACAACGGCUGGGACCAGGGACGGCAGAAGUACGGCCUGAUGCAGAUCAGCAGGCAACUGCAACCUUAUGCAGUGUGGGAUAGUGAAGAACACAUAAAUCAAGGCUCAAAUAUGCUGGCUCUUUCCCUUAAUGAAGUACGGGCAAGACAUCCUACCUGGACUUGGGACCGGCAGCUGAGAGGGGGUAUCUGCACCUACCAUGCAAGAAUGGGCAACCUCCCUGUCUACGAGGCAGACCCAUGCAGCAGAGACUACAGCUAUGCCAACAAUGUGAUUAGGCGAGCCCAGUACUUUAAGAGACAUGGGUUCUAGGUCGUAAACCCACCGAGCCUCCCCUCUGCAGACUGGCCCAGCAGUGAUAGUAGUACCCAGAGCAGUUCCUCAGUCUCCUGGCAGGACUGAUGCUGGUGGCAUUACCAAUGCCACCUUGCUGGCUCCAGCAAAUCCCAGCCCCCGGCUUGCUGAUGGGCAAGAUCGGCACUGCCUUCCAGGAGACCCCCUAGGGAUGAGAUCCCACAAGCUCGGGGCCUUUGAAAGGCAGAUGGGGACAGACCAGUUCAAUGUUUAAAUUAUGAGCGAGGAAGGUGACUCUUCCCAUUCAGAGCUGCACCUCAGGGCGGUUUGUGCAUCUCCCAGACAUGGAGACAAACAGCUCUCCCUGGGCAUCAGCUGUGCUCUCCCCAUCUGCGUCCACCUCCUUCCCUCUCCAUGGCCAAUGCAGGGGAUGAACACCCUGUUUUCCUUCCCUUGGUGCUGCUGGCUAAGGAGCAAUGAAGAGACUUCUCGGUGAGCCUUUGGUCUCCGCAGUAGCAGUUUUCCUGUAGCCAGCCUUGAGGGAGACAAUAUUAAAACAUGCUUUGGUUGGUCUCCUGAGUCCACGGCCAUGAUGCAACUGUGGAGCUCAUCAGGGCAUCUAUAUGGAAAAUACUGCAAGUGCCACAGCAGGCAAAAUGCCUUUCUGUCAGAGAGCAGCCCUUGGAGCAGGAGUUAGCCCCAUGCAUACCCAUGCCGGGAGCUGUAUCACAGCAAUAGUUUUGGUAAAAACCCCCACAACCUUUCCUGCCUUAGCUUUGGCACAUUUAUGCUGAGUUUCCUCCAAAUUUAAAAGCAUUUCAACAUCUGUCCCUCUGCCAGAAUUCCCAGUUAGUAAAAGAAGUGAAUGAGCUCUGGUCUGUUUGAAAGUGGAUGGGUCUCUCGGUGCCAAUUUAUUAAUUAGAGAACAAAAAUGAGAAUAAAAUAGAAAUAAAGAUAAGUGUUAAAUCCCAACAUUUAUUUUUUUCAGUUUCAUGGGGCUUGGUGGGUAGCAAUCUACUUGAGUAAAUAACCCCUUUGAGUACUCUUGGAAGGGGUCUAAAACUCAGUUUGAGAACAGGGAGUGAAUAAUGGUGCUGCAGACUGGAUAGGUCAGAAGAGCUAGGCCUGAGCCUGCCUGCUGACCCAAACUUGUGAACAUGGUAAUAGGAAUAUUCACAUUUCAAAUUACCAUUUUGGAGGUGUCAGGGUACUUUUCUUCCAGCUGCCACCAUUGCUGAUGCAGAAGUGAUGUGCCUGGCAGUCCUUGCUGGCAGCAAGGGGCAGUGCUGUGCGUGUGCCUGGGCUGCUAGGCAGGGUCAACACGGGCAGCAUGAGAGCUGAAUUGCAGACAGCUUUUGCAAGCAGAGCAAUUUUAAUGCUGCUCCCCUUGUCUUUCCAAUCACUCAUCUGCUUACCAUCAUAGCAAGAACAGCAUAAUUAGCAUAUGUUACAAGCAAACUAAUUUUAUCACCUCUGGAGACCAGAGGGAACCAUUGGUUGUCUCAAAUGUCACCGAUUUUUUUUUUUUUUUAAGACUACCAUAAACAGUUCAGUGUUGAGCAACCACAGAUAUUGAGCUAUAUUUUAUUUAGUCUUUAGUGAAUUCUGAACUAUAUUAUAAUUUCACUAAAAUCAUUACUUUGUAAUACAGACUUAUGAAAUGUAUCACAUGGUUGCCUACUUGACAUAACUUAUGUAAAAUUCAUAGGAUGAAGCCUUUAGUGCAUUAUGUUAUGUAAACCUCUGUGUUACAUAAGCCUCUUAUGUAAAGCCUAUGAAUGAAUUUUUUGGUAGAUGAGUAUAAACUUCAGAUGGGGCAGGGAAUCUCAUUGCUGCCUCUGUGUGCAAAACUGGGGGUUGAGUUCCAAGGGCGAACAAGAGUGGAGCUUUCUUUGGUUGCCUUCAUGUCAUCCUCAGUCACUGCCAGCAAGCUCCUUGUCACCACUACUGGUGCUGCCAGCCCUGCAGAUCUCUGAGCUCCUCAGGAGUCCAAUUUGUGCAAGUGUUACCUAUGAAGCUGCUGCUUCAUGUUGUGGUAGCAUAGCAACACCCAAGGACCUGCCUGCUGAGUUGUGCAGCAUCACCACAAAGGAUAAUUUAUAUUUUAAAGUCUAUUUAAAAUUCCAAGUUCUGAAAAUUCCAUAUUUUGUUCCAAACGUUGUUUUAGGGUAUCAGCACUUUGUAGUGAAUACAGAAAAUCUCUGCAGAAAAUGAGUUAAAGCUUGAUAAAUUGGUAGGAAGGAGUAAAUAAUUAAGGAAAGUUUAACAGUAGCAUGCUGCCUCAAAUUGUGAGCAAGUUUCCUGACAAAUAAUGAGCUCAAAUUGUUGUUCCCUUCUGAUCUUUUUCUAGUCAUGUUACUGGAAGUUUUUUUCUGCCUGAUGUAGACAGAGCAGAUGCAAUCACACUCUUGGUCACCCUUUUGAUCCAUGGCCUAGUGAAAAAAAACAAAACCAAAAACAAUAGACAUCUUGCAAAGCAAAUGAUCCAAUACCAAGUAACACAUCAGAAAAAGUGGAAGCACAGGCAAGGAAAAAGAAAAGCCACAUCAGAGGGGAAAGAAAGGUCCAGGGAAUCAAAGACCAAGACUCCUGCCUGAAACAUUGAGGAAGGUGCUAGAGUAAAGGAUUGAAUAGUUCCUUCAAGUGAUCCAGUGGGACAACAAAGCAGCAAGAAACUGUAAGGAGGGUUCUGGCAGCCUGGCUUGGCAGGGAAAAACCAUCUCAGAUCAAUUAAAAUCUUUAUCUAAUGGGAUCAGUGGUCAAGAGAGAAGCCAUGGUUGUGCCAUAUCAUGCCAUGCCUGUUGCACCAACAAAAGUAUGCUCAGGACAAUCACAACCCUGAUGGAAAGUAUAGCCUAUGGAAAUAGAGAAUUAGAAUUUUUUUUUCCCAAAAAAAAUAAAGAGAGAAAGCACAGAGUUAUGAUUUUCUAAUAUGCAAAAUAAAUUAAGGGCAAUGACCUACAUCCUUCCAUUCCCUCUGAGGGUAAGACAAAUAGCAGUGAGUUUAGCAGCAGAUUUGUUGGAUACUUUAAAAAAAAACCUUUCAGGAUAAUAAAGCAAUGCAACAUUUCCUGGGUGUUUUAAAUAACAUUCAAGACCAACAUGUAAAAGUAGCUGUACAUCAUAUAUAAUCACAGAAUGGUUUGAGU